GUACUUCCCCUUCUGUUUGUGUAAAGCAGAAGCACAAAGCCACUGAGAGCUUUAAAAGGGUGCCACUAUCACUGGUGUCGUCUUCGGUCUUCGGCACUAACAGCAGCGAACACGGCCAGCGCCAUGGAUUUGAAGGAAUCUGUGGUUAAUGGAGGCGUGCUGAUCGGCCAUAAGGUCCAUGAAGGAAAGCACCAGUAUGAAGUGGAAAAUGUGGUGAAGAUCAAAAACGGGAGCAGACAAAAAACAUUCUCCAGAGGAGACAAACUGAGGCAGAUAAACAGCAUAGACUUGCAGGAUGUCACACCUGAGGAGCUGGCGCAAAUAUUAGCAGAGGGCAAUCCGAAGCUGACAGUGCACAAAGUCAGCAAGAUGAAGGGACAUGUUGGACAGCCCUCCCCAGCAGAGGACACUUUACAUCCUGUCUCAAUGGAGUCUGCGGUGCUCAGUUUCAGCAUGGAGAUGAGGAGGGAGGAGGACCUGGAGAAGGACGAAGUCGGGCAGGAGGGGGAAGGAAGUGAGGAUGUUUGCAAAGAUGAAGAUGAGGAGAAUGGGGAGGGGAGGGACAUGCUCAUUGUUUCCAUGAUGAAAACCAGCAUCUCUGUGGUGAGAGGGAGGGGCUGCGACGAUGGGACAGGAUGCGUCCUCAGUGAUGUUGUCGUGGUGGCAGAAUCCAGCACGGUGAUGUUUGUUCCAAGAGGAUGUGGAAGUUUCAGAGUGCAAAAGCCAUCAAAUGUUGUGGUUGAACAUGUGGCCACUCAGCAGUACCUCAGAGGUCUCUGCUCUCAAGGGAUCAUCUAUGCUUCACCCAAUCCAGAGAAGAUCACCAUCUACUCCUACAAGUCAAACACCGUGGAUGAGAAUUUCAAAGGCAUCCCGGUGGUCCUGAACUUCACUGAGUCCAACUGUUUCCUCAGGUGCUGCAAGAAAGGGGAAAAGGUGUUCCUACAAGUGCAGACAUGUGAAAAGCAGAGGCUGAAGCAGAUCUCCAAGUGUGAUGAGAGCACACUGUCCUUCGUCUUCUACAUGAAGGCCGACCGGACGAAACAGCGGACGUUUGAGUCCGCGCUGCACGGCGGCUGGUUCAUCCAAAUCGUCGACUCAGACUUAGUAGAAAUGGGAACCAUAGAUGAGGGGACCAAGGAGCAAUCGUUCCUCUUUGUCAUACAGAAGUGAUAGGAGUCAGAAGUAUUUUCAGUUCUAAGUCGUCAGUUUAACAUUGAAAGUUCUUUUGUAAGUCCUAGUUUUAGUUGGGACUUGAAGCUGAUUUUGUUUGAGCCACCUGGUCAAAUUACAGAAACAACUGUCUGUCAAAUUCUGCUGUUGCAGAAGUGCGUAGAUAUGUAUCAUACAGCUAUAUACAAACAUAUUUUUGUUUGAGUGUGAGUACGGUCCAGACUUAAAUGGAAUUUUUGGUAAUCAGUCUUGUUGUUCAAAGUGACCUUUUCAAACAGAUUUUUUUUCUUUUUUUACCAGCGUGAACAUUUUGUGCUCAAGUUAUAACUUCCAUUAUGAAAAUACUUUCAAAAUAAUUUAAAAUAAAAAAAAGAUGUGAUUCUAA